AGAAAAAGAGAAUAGUACUUACACUAUUGCUAGCUCCUUGUGAGAGAAUCUUAGAUAAAAGGACACUCACUCCUCUUACUCUCUUUACCUUUGUGCUCCUCAAAAACAGAGCACACCAUACAGUUCUCAGAUAAGCUCUUUGUGUGAAAAUGGCUCGGAGCUCUACGAGAAUGAAACGGGUCUUCAUGUUGGUGCCUCUGUUCUUGUUUCAUCUGGCUUUUGCAACUAUCGCUGAAGAUGGAUUAAUACCAAAUGGAGAUUUUGAGUUAAGUCCAUCGAACGGUUUCCCCAACGAAGCAAUAGUAGAGGGACCCACCGAAGUCCCAAACUGGAAAUCAAACGGCACCGUUGAGCUAGUCGAGUCAGGGCAAAAACAAGGUGGAAUGAUCCUCAUAGUACCACAGGGUAGACACGCAGUAAGAAUCGGUAACGACGCUGAAAUAAGCCAAGAAUUACCGGUAGAAAAAGGUUCAAGUUACUCGGUAACGUUCUGUGCGGCUCGCACGUGCGCGCAAUUUGAAUCUAUUAACGUGUCGGUGUCGUCCGCAUCACAGACGAUAGACUUGCAGACACUGUAUAAUGUUCAGGGUUGGAAUCCUUAUGCGGUUUCUUUUAAUGCGGAUGAGGAUAGUUUUAAGUUGGUGUUUAAGAAUCCGGGUAUGGAGGAUGAUCCUACUUGUGGGCCCAUUAUUGAUAACAUUGCUAUCAAGAAGCUUUUCACUCCUGAGAAGCCCAAAGACAAUGCAGUAAUCAAUGGUGAUUUUGAAGAAGGUCCGUGGAUGUUCCGAAACACGUCAAUGGGGGUCCUACUACCAACAAACCUAGACGAAGAAACUUCAUCGCUCCCCGGUUGGAUAGUUGAAUCAAACCGAGCCGUUCGCUUCAUAGACUCCGAUCAUUAUGCGGUUCCACAAGGAAAGAGAGCCAUUGAGCUUCUCUCAGGGAAAGAAGGUAUCAUAUCUCAAAUGGUUGAAACCAAACCUGAAAAGCCAUAUACCUUGACUUUUUCGUUAGGCCAUGCUGAUGACAAAUGCAAAGAGCCUCUUGCUGUUAUGGCCUUUGCUGGAGAUCAAACGCAGAACAUUCAUUACACGCCGAAUUCGAAUUCUACCUUUCAAGUUUCUAACCUCAAUUUCACUGCCAAGGCUGAUAUGACUAGAAUUGCUUUCUAUAGUGUUUACUACAAUACUAGAAGUGAUGAUAUGACCUCUCUUUGUGGGCCUGUUGUGGAUGAUGUGAGGGUUUGGUUUGCUAGGUCUAGCAGGCUUCGCGGGCUGGGCUUUGUAAGGCUUGGGCUUGGGAUUUUGGGUGUAAUUUUGGUUCUUGUUUAAAAGGGGUUUACUAUGUUUUGGUUUAUUUAAUGUUAUUACUAAGUUUGAUAGGUUCUUUUAUAUUUGGGGUGUAGGUGAAGUCACAUUCUCCAAAAUUGUUGUAUUGUGAACUAAUGUUAAGUUUAUAUAGUUUAUGCUAUAUUUAAAAUUAAAAAUUAAAAUGUGU